AUCAAGAUGCAGCUGAUCAUUAAAGCUCUUCUUCUAUUUUUCGGUCCUCUAGGACAGGAUCACAGAGAUGCUGUUGAAGAACAGAUAUUUCCAUUAGAUAUGGCACUGGAUUCUGUUGAUGAUCAAUAUAAGGGCUGUAGAGGGAAAAUGGCAAAUCUGGUGAAGACAGAACUUCUAAAGAGGGAACUUGAUAACAAAGAAUUUUGUAAUACUUGGCACGACGGUGAAAAAAAUGCCAAGAAUCCAGAGGAUAAUUUGGAACAGAUUCAUUCAGUUGCCAUUUAUGUGUACACUAACAACAAUUUGAAUGUAUAUUGUGAUUUUAAUAAUGCUGUCCGUAGUGAGAAACAAAAAUACAAAGACAAGACAUUCAAAUGGUUUUCACUUCACUUUUUGUUAACAGAAGCAAUACAGAUUAUAAAGAAAACAGAAGAUUCCUGCUUUAUAACUUAUCACGGCACUACAGUUGAAUUUGCUCAGGAUGUUCUGAACACAGAGUUUCGUUUCGGCUCAUUUACAUCCUCCUCUCUUGAUCGUAAGGUAGCAAAUGGUUUUGGAGAUAAAUCUUGUUUUGAAAUCUACACUUGUGAAGGUGCUGAUGUGAUCAAAUACUCCAAAUAUCCUGACCAGAAAGAUGUGCUUAUUCCCCCAUAUGAGAAGUUUAAAGUAAUUGAUGUCAAGACAAGAAAAGAGGAUAAGGAACUCUGGUGUGACACCGUGUACACGUUGGAAACAACUGGAAAAAUAAGUUACCUGAACUGUGGUGUUGAUGCAAAACUGGACAGGGCCAAACUUUAAAUCUUCAUUCAUUGUGUCUCCUCAAAUCAAAAAUCACUUCCAUUAUAAUUAUAACAUCCAAUGGUUUAGUUUAUCGCAAUCAUUUUAGGCAAUCAUUCUUCUACUUUAUCUUUUGAUCUAGUUUAACAAUUUUCACUUUUUCACUUGUAACUCUGUAAGUUGUGUAAGGGCAAAUUGAAUAGGCAAAAGAUUGUUUUCUAAUUACAUGAAUAAAUGAUAUGA